AAUAAAUAUAAUGAUGACUGAAAAAGUUACCUAAUUAACUCAUGAGGCAUUAAAAAGCAUGGUCGAAAGCAAUGAAAUUACAAUACCAUACGAUGUUUAAAUUUUAUCAAUCGAUAAUAAUUCUAAUAUAAGUGCAAAAAUUGGUUGUUUGUCAUCAUGUGUUUGUAGUGAUGGAUUUGCAAAAAUGACUUUACAUAUCCUUAAUUUAAGUCCAUCAAUUACAUCUGAUCUCUCAAAAUAUAAACCAAUUAUUAGAAUCUUAGAUUUAAAAAGAAAUAAAUCAUUUUUUGUGGUUAGUAAACAUGAAGUAUUGUAUUUAGAUAAGGGUCAGGUAGGAUAACCUUUAAAUUAUGAAGAAUAUAAAGAUUAGGUAUUAAUUUAAUCAUAAUAUGUAGAAUUAUAUAAAUGCAAAUGGAGAUACUUAAAUAAAGUUUGCAAAAGCACCCUAUAAACUCUAAAUUAAUUCAAAUAUAAAUAAAAAAUAAUCAUUAAUAAAAUAAGAAUCAGAGGAUUUUUAAGAAUAAUCAUAAAAAUAAACUAAUGAAAAUAUCAAUUCCGAAUAGUAAUCUACUAAAUCUGGAAUUAAAUUAUCAAAUCACUUAAAAUAACAAUAAUAAUAAUAAUAAUAAUAAUAAUAAUAAUAAUAAUAAUAAUAAUAAUAAAAAUAAUUUAAACCUGCUAUUUCUAUUCAAAAAAUUGAAAAUCAUACUUUGGAAUAAGAUUUAUUAAAAAUAUCAGAAUUAUAUCCUGGUAUGAGGGGAUUUAAAAUAAAAGGGAGAAUUACUUCUAAAUCUGAUAUUACUUAAUUUAAAAAUAAUAAGGGAAAAUUAUUUUCAAUAGAAAUUAUAGAUUCAGAUAAAUCAACAAUCUAAGGAGUAUUUUUUAAUUAAGUGUGUGAUAAGUUUUUUGCUUAAGUAUAAUUAGGAAAGGUUUAUUUUUUUGAAAAUGGUUAAUUAAAAGCAAAUAGGUAUUAAAGUAAAAAUUAAACUCAAAGUGAUUAUUAAAUACAUUUUGAAGAAUUCUCAAAAAUAAUUGAAGCUAAUGAGGAUAGGGAAAUUGAUGUUUUUCCUUAUUAAAUAAAAAAAAUAGAUGAAAUUGAUUCUUUAUUAGUAGAUGAAAAAUGUGAUGUGCUUGGAGUUAUUCUAGAUAUUAAACCUAUAACAUAGAUUAUAACAAAGACAAAAGAAAGUAAGGCUAAGCGAAAUAUUACCUUAUAUGAUUAAUCUGAAAGAGGAAUUGAUAUAGUACUUUGGGGAUAAUAAGCUUAAAAUUGGUAAUUUAAUAAAGAUGAAAUUGUUGCUUUUAGAGGAUUAAAAGUAACUGAUUAUUAAACAGUUAAAAGUUUAACAGUCACAAAUUAAACAACUUAUGAAAAAAAUUAAUCUAAUUUAGAAAAAAUUAAAGGAUUCUAAGAAUUCUUUGAAUUUUAUAGUUAAAAUAAAGAUUUUAUUGAAUAAAGACCAAAAGAAUCAAAAAAGAAAUUUAAUUUAUCAUAUAUUGAAUAAAUUAAAAAGGAUUUUGAUGGAACAAGAGACAAUAAGCCUACUAAAUUUUAUGAAAUAAGAGGAUAUAUAACAACAAUCUUUAAUAAACUUCUUUUUUAUGAAGGAUGCAAUAUUUGUAAAAGAAAAAUUAGUCAAAUACCAUCAACUAAAUAAUAUUUCUGCUAAAAUUGUGAUAAAAGUUUUGAAAAACCUUGUUAUAGAUAUAUUUUUAAUGCAAAAAUUGCAGACACAACUGGAAAUCUCACUGUUAGUGUGCCUAAUGAUAUUGGAGAAAGAAUUUUAGGUUUUUAAUUAAUUUAUUUUAGAUCUUUCUUGUGACAAAUUUGUACUAAAGAGUGAUGAAGAAAAAUCUAAAUGUCUAAAAAGAGCAAAUUAUCAUGAAUAUAGAUUUUUAAUUAUUGCUAAGAUGGAAACAUAUAAUGAGGAACGAAGAGCUAAAUUCUAAAUUUAAAAUAUUAUUGAAGAUGAAUAUUUAGAGGAUAAUCAAGAACUCUAUAAAUCAAUAAUGUAAAUUCUAAACCAAAAUCAAUGAUUUUAAAGUUUGUUUGUG